ACGGCUCCUUUAAGAAAACGGAACUGAGCCUCGGCUUUUGACGCGUUGCUGAGGAUGUGGGCAGGAAACGCCAUGCAAGAGCGGAGGAGCGAUCACGCUUCCCAGCCCCGUUGCACAAUACAGUGCGAUCAAAAUGUGCUUUAAUUCGCCACGCUAAUGUCCAGGAGCGGCCAUUCUCCUCGGAUCUGCGCUCCGCGGCCGUCACAGAGCAGGCGAGGAGGAUUUGACUCCUAUCCGAGCGAGAGGGCAGCCUUCCCAGCCUGCUCGCUUUGAAAACAUCGGGGCUGGUCAGCGGGUGGGAGAGAGAGAGAGAGACACAGAGACACAGAGAGAGAGAGAGAGAGAGAGCAGGCAGGCUUCGUCGCGGAAAAAAAGGAGGUGUCUGCCAUGAGGGAGUACAAAGUGGUUGUUUUGGGCUCGGGUGGAGUCGGGAAAUCGGCGCUGACGGUCCAGUUCGUGACGGGCUCCUUCAUCGAGAAGUACGACCCCACGAUAGAGGAUUUCUACCGGAAGGAGAUCGAGGUGGACUCGUCCCCGUCGGUGCUGGAGAUCCUGGACACGGCGGGGACCGAGCAGUUCGCCUCCAUGCGAGACCUGUACAUCAAGAACGGCCAGGGCUUUAUUUUGGUUUACAGCCUGGUGAACCAGCAGAGCUUCCAGGACAUCAAGCCGAUGAGAGACCAGAUCAUCCGGGUGAAGAGAUACGAGAGGGUGCCCAUGAUCCUGGUGGGAAACAAGGUGGACCUGGAGGGGGAGAGAGAGGUGUCUUCCGGGGAAGGCAAGGCGCUGGCCCAGGAGUGGAACUGCCCGUUUAUGGAAACUUCAGCCAAAAAUAAAGGAUCAGUCGACGAACUGUUUGCGGAAAUAGUCAGACAGAUGAACUAUUCAACUGUUCCCAGUGGUGGCGACCAGUGCUGCUCUUGUGUCCUGCUCUAAAACAACAACAACAACAACAACAACAACCUACAGAAAACAGUGCAUCCGGGCUGAGUUGGCGCUUCUAAGUUGUCCUGCAGGCUUUUUGCGAAGCUAUUCUCUCUCCUCACACUGUUGUCUUAUUGUUGCACACAAAUCAACGACGACAAUAAUCCAUUGUGUAUUAUAGCCUGGAAAAGUGUUUACAUGACAAAGUACUUGAAUGUUUUUGGAUUUUUUUUUUUUAAUAUAGCUUUGUAUAUGACACUUCUCUGGAAAUGUGCCUCAGUGGGAAUGUCUUAUUGUGAAACCUAAGAGACACCUGUUUUCUGGUUAUUUUUUUUUUUUUUUUUGUGGUUUUAUUUGUUGAGUUGUACUGUUACAUCUUCUAGGCCGGGUCCAUCUGUUUUAGGGUUGGUGGGGUUAUGCUAAAUCCAGGCAGAGCUGGGAUUGGUCACUUGUAAGGUCUUUUUUGGGUGAGACCCCGGGGCUCAAAGCUGCUCCUAAACGUAUCAAUCACCACUCUAGCCUUGCACAGGUUACUCACAUCAGAUCUCCACAAUUUAUUUCCCCAAAAGGUCAAGUGUGAGACAGACGCAGACCCCCCCCCAGCCACUAAGAUACUGUAUUUGAAGCCGUGGACUGUGGUGGAGUUGUGUUACGACUAAAUGUUUUUGUUUUUAUCCCCCCCCCCCCCCCCUCCGGUCUGGUGAAAGUGGAUUUAUCAUGGAACUUGCACUUAGCUGACGGUGUCCCUCCUCAGUGUGCACAAACAAGGACCUUAGUGCAUUGCUGUCGCUGCAUGGGGAACGCCACAACCCCAUGUCAAGUGCCUUCCUAAGAAAACUCCUGUGACUGUGCCAACUGAUGAGCCCUACUUCCUCUGCAGUGCGUCUUGAUGGCAAUCAGAACUUUUUUAGCAGUUUUCAGUAAACAAUCUAGUUUAAUUUGGUGUUGAAGUGAGGAGAGCCUCUAACCUAUCUUGCUGUCAGGAAGCUGAGCUUGUGUCAGACCUGAUUUUUCAGGGUCAGACUCGAGCCGUUUCUCGAGGUACUAGUCCAACAAGAACAA